AUGUCUCAAGAAUACUGUGGCGUAUGUCCCAAGCCCAGUACCGAAAAAUGUGCAAACUGCUUGAACAUGCCUUAUUGUUCUCGGGUCUGUCGCAAAAAAGAUGCGGAAAAUCAUGCACCGCUUUGUAGCACUAUAUUAGGCAAUCACACGAGCUUUCGACCAUACCCAUCUCACUACCGCUGUAUCUUCUUUCCGGCGGACGGAACAGAACCGCGCUUUGUCUGGUUGAAGUAA